UGUUAUUGAAAGUCAUAUUUUUAUCAUAAAAAAAAAAGAAGUACUGUAAAAUUAUAAAAGUAUACCAUGGUAAAGAAACGGGGAAUAGUGUGGAAUUAUUAUAACAAAAAGAUGGCAGGAUCUCAAGUAAUUGCAUUUUGCAAGUUUUGUGAUCAAUCGUAUAUUCAAAAUGCAACACGCAUGGAACGACAUAUGGGAAGAUGUUCAAAAUGUCCUGAAGAUGUUAAACAACAGUUUAUACAAGUAGCACAUAACAAGAAAUAUAAAAAUAAUAACAGUGUUAAUAAAAGCAAUAAUCAAUGGGCACAACAAGAAUCUUCAUUAGAUCAAAACAUGACUGAUACAGAAUUAGAAGAUUUAGAUGAUUGGAAUUGUAGAAAUCAAACUUACUCAAUUCAGUCAACUAAUACAAUGCAAGAAAAUAUGAAUUUGGUUAUGCAAAAUAAUGAACAAGAUUGGGUAAAUAGAGAUAAUGCACCUGAAAAUAAUGAUACAGAUACAAGUUCAGUCAGCAAAAAUUGGGAGUCAAGUCAAAAUGAUACAGGAAUUGUUACAUCUGCUGGAUCUCAAGAUCGGACAAAUUCAGUUCAUCAAAGAAAGUCAUAUAAUCCCAGAAGAAUAUCACAGUGGCCAAUUUCCUCUAUGCAAACAUUUGAUUGUUCACCUUUCCAAAGUAAAAUAUGUCAAGAACAGUUAUUAGAAAGACGAGCUUUAAGAAGAGCAGCAGAACUAGAAGUACGACGUAAAACAUUGGAGUUAGAAAGAUUUCAGUGGGAGUAUGAAAGAGAUAAAGUUCAGACUGAAGUUCGUUGGGCACAUGAAACUCGUAUGAUGCAACUUAAAGAGGAACGAGAAAGGCAAUUAAUUGAACAAAGUAGAACUCAAACUGUUCCACACACUAUGUAAUUUUAAAUAGUGACUUUUGUCUACUGUUAAGUAAUACUUUAAUAUGUUUAAAAAGUAGACAAUUUU